UACCAGGGUGAAGCAUUCCUUUCCGCUCAUCUAGACUGUCCAAUGAGAUACCGCUUUCGUCUGUGAUGCGACUAUCCGCAUCGUAAUAAUACUGGUAUUCAUUGAUUGUGUUUGUGUGUUCACGGUAGUUACGGCUUUCAAGUCCACGCGCUGAAGCAGCCAUUUUGGACGAUUGUUUAUUAUGGCGAGCUCUCAGAAAGAAGUGGAUAGUGAUGCAUGGGCUCUUUUAGCUUUAAAAUCAGCUCCUGCUAGUCCAUCUAAAGUUCAAUGGAGUCCAGAACCAAAAGCGGCAGCUAUAGCAAGAUUAGAAGGACGAGAAUUCGAAUAUAUGAUCCGGCAGAAUCGUAUUACUAUUGGACGUAAUAGCAGAGUCGGAGAUGUAGAUGUAAACAUGGGUCAUUCGAGUUUCAUAUCAAGAAAACAUUUGGAAGUAACUUUCGAAAGUCCGCAUUUCUACAUGUCAUGCAAUGGAAAAAAUGGUGUAUUUGUUGAUGGCGUAUUUCAAAGGAAAGGUGCUCCCCCUCUCCAGCUUCCAAAACAGUGUGUUUUCCGAUUUCCUAGCACAAGUAUCAAAAUAAUGUUUCAGUCAUUAAUUGAUGAAAAUAAUCCUCCAGUUCAUGGAACAGAUUCUCCAUGCAAAUCAAUGGCUCCUCUUCGCAUAAGUAUUCCAGAACAUGAAGGGAAUAGUUCGAGUCCACCAUCUCCCACUGGCACAAUUAGUGCUGCCAAUUCUUGUCCUACAAGUCCACGGGGUGGAUCUCGUCGCACCUUCGGCAAUGAUUUGCAGAUUGCUGCUGUCUAUGCUGUUGCUGCUUCCUCUUCAGAAGAAAAGAAAGUGAAAGUAGAGUCUGUGCCUCCCUCGAACAUUGUUGCGCAUAUUCCCAACCCACAAGUGUCUUUAGUUACAGAAACUGUUGUGACUUCAGAACCUGUUGGAGCCAGAGAUGAUCAGAAACCCCCAUUUUCCUAUGCCCAGUUGAUUGUGCAAGCUAUAUCUUCUGCCCAAGACCGACAAUUGACUCUAAAUGAAAUAUAUUCUUACAUAACGAAAAAUUACCCUUUCUACAGAACUGCUGAUCGUGGAUGGCAGAACUCUAUUCGUCAUAAUUUGUCACUUAAUCGACAUUUUGUGAAAGUUCCAAGACCUCAAGAAGAACCCGGUAAAGGAAGUUUUUGGAAGAUUGACUCUCAGUCAGAAUCAAAACUGAUCGAACAGGCAUUUAGGCGAAGGCGGCAAAGAGGUGUGCCUUGUUUUAGGGCACCUUAUGGAGGCCUGUCUUCUAGAUCUGCACCAGCAUCACCAAGUCAUAGCGGCAUAAGUGGUUUAGUCACACCUGAUUCAUUAUCAAGAGAACCCAGUCCCACACCUGAAAGUAUGGUCGUUGACCCUUCAUCUGAUAUUAUUGCCCAGCCUACACCUGCCGUAAUCACUCAACCUGCUUAUGUAGCUUUAUCUCACGACAUUCAAAUUGCUCACACAACUCCUGGUUCUCCUUCUGGAGGCAUUCAUACUGUUGAAGUUGUAAGUACUACUCCAGGAUCAGUUUCUGCAAAUCAAGCUGCUUCAGAGCAAACUAUCAUUACUAAUGGGAUUCUGAUCAAUGGUUCACAUACAAAUGGCAUAAAAAUUGAAAACUCUGAUAAAGUAAGCAGUCAGAAUUUACUUCCUGCAGUUAAACCAAGGAUCUUGGUUUGUGGGCCAAAAGUUCAAAACUCCGAUUCUCAACCUGUUUCUCAAGCUACCGUAAUUGUACAAGCAUCUUCAUCUGGUGUGGCUGGAUUUCCCUCGAAUGUGCUGACAGUGGUGACUCAGCCUUUGGCUGGAAACUCAGAUGAGGCAUCAAAUAUCUAUAGUACCGCAUCAUUUAUAGCACCUCAACCCCUAAGUAAAGACUCAUCUCAAAAUGUAGCAAAAACAUUUAAACGAGUGUUUACCACUGCAAAUGAGCUUGAGGAUGCAUCUGUUUCCGAAAGUAGCACUGAAAACAAUGUCGAAAUUAAAAGGCCAAAGAGCGAACCGACUUCAUAAAAACCGUCUCCGUUUUGAGUGUUGUAAGCCUCCUUUUGCAUUGCAAUAUUACAAAUUGAUUUAGUUCCAUAAAAACUCUUUAUUGUGGCUUCAGGAGUGACUUUAUUUCUCUUAAAUAUGUGACUCUUCAGUUUCUAAAUUGAGAGAGAGAUAUGGGAAUGUGUACAUAAGAGGACAAUAAAGAUGUUAUAAACUGAGCUUACACGUUGAGCCAGAGCAGCGGGAAAUUUGUUUGAAAGCAAGCUGAAUUCUAUCAAUCACAUUCAUGAUUCUGAUGCACACCAAUGAAAAUAAAUUAGUCAACAAGUUCUCUCUGUUGUAUAGGUAAUGUGUGUAUAAAGUAUUGUAGCUUGCAAUCCUACCUUUCCACAUUUGAUUCUAAUGCAUUUAAAAAUGUGUACUAUAGCUUUUCAUUGCUAGGCAUUAUGCAAUUUGUGGAUUUUUUAUGUGAUAUUUUUCAUUUCAUUGCUCUCAUCAGAAAAAAUUUAAGUCAUCUGGAUAAAAAGGGAAAAAAAGAAAUAUGAACUUUUUUUUAUGAACAUGUCUUUAAUACUCCUAUAGUAUUAGUGUCAUACGCAUAUGAGAUUUCUUCUUUAAAUUUUGAGAUUUGUCAGGUAAAAUUCCUAUUUUGUGCUAAAUCAUGUCUAAUCUAACACAGGGAUGCUAACUAUAUUCAAUAACAUCUGUCAAACGUGUGCAAAACUGCUUGAAUUUCUUAUUUUUGGUUGCUUUUCAAUUUGUAAAUGCAUUAUCUUAUUUGCAGACUAACUCUCGAAAUUAAUCUGCAAACAAAUAUGUAUGCUUAUUUAGUACAAAAAAUUACAGGGUGGAAUUAAGCUAGUACACAGGUACUCUAAAAUUUAUUUGCAACGUGUGUUGUAAAAUAUUUGUAUUCAAAUGUUGUACUUGGUAGGUUCGCAAGUUUUAAAAGACAAAUUCAAUGCGUAAUUUAAUAACUGUGGACAACUAAAAGAAAUUACUGAAUAUUUAUUUGCUUGAAAUUUCUUGAUUGGGAAAAAAAAAAUUCAUCUGAAACAAAAACAUAAAUAAAAUGAUAAAUAUUUUUAAUUUAAAUUAUUUUCAGGUGACUAAAAUGUAUUAAAAAUAAGUUAAAUAAACUAAAUUUGUAAGAAAUUAUAAAAUUCUCUAUAAACUUAACUAAAUUAAAACAAUGCUUUUAAAAAUAAAAUAUAUAAGGCAAUAAAGAAUAGGAAGUCUAAAAGAUGAAGAUGAAAAAGAAAGAUUGUAUUACUAGCUAUUUCUUUUAAUUUAUGGAAUUUAAAACCAAGAUUGAAAAACUUGCACAUUCUUGAAAAAUUAAAAUUCGAUAAAUUAAAAUUCGAUAAAUGUCAAAAUCGAUUGUUGCUUUUUGCGAUAAGAAAUGUGUAAUCAAUGAUUCGUUAAUCCUUCCCUCAUAUUUAUUUCCACAUGUUUUGGAUAGGGUAACAGAAAAGCAUUGCUUCAAGUUUGCAUCCCUGCUUAUAUUUCAUGUACUCAAAAUGUUAUUGACAUGGGUAUAUACCAGUGUUUUCUUGACGGAGGUUCUUUUCACAUUCCUCUGUUUUGUACAUUAUUUUAUUUGACAAAGAAUUUCCCAGUAUAUGGGUCCAAACUGACAUUGAAAUUUUAAAAGCAUAUCUGAAUUAUGUUCAGUUACUUGGAUUUGUUGAAUGUAUAAGGUGACCAAAUACAUUCAUUAUGGUUAUAACUUUUUGGGUGGUUGACCAUAACAUUAUUUGUGGAUUUUUAUGAUCUAAAUAUCAAAACAUAAAUAGUCUAUAUACGUCAGUAUUAAUUUUUUAAAUUACUGUAAUUUCAGCACUCAUUUCUAAUUUUUUUACUGUGUCCUAUCUUGAUGUCAAAGGACAUAAAAAUAUUACUUGUUUAAAAUUCCCCCCCCCCCAAUGAUAUUAAUUCACCAUCAUGAUCAGUAAACUAAAUGUUAAGUAUUUCAAAAACUGCAUUUUAUUUCAAGCAGAUACUUUAGUAGCAUUUUUAUUUGGGGGAAAAAAAAAAACAUACUGACUCAAAAUUUUUGUUCUAAAUUUUUAAAUAUGUAGUCAAAUUCUCUCUUUAGGCAACUUUUGUGAAGUUACUUUUUGAGAACAAAAUUUUCUUUUAAAUUUCUUACGCUGUUGAAAAACAUUAGCUGUAACAAAAAGUAAAAUUAUUUUUGAGUCCAAUUAAAUCGAGCGAUUUUCGAAACUAUAAUUUUAAUUUUUUUCGUCAAGCUGUUUUUGAUUAAUUUAGAUUUUAACUUUUGUGUAAAAUUUGUAUUUGUUAUUUAUUGAGCAUAAAUACAUUUCACUAUUUCCAUUUUCUAUGUAAAAUUUACUAUGCAAUUUUUUGGAUAAAACCUGCAUAUUUUUUUAGAUAUUUUUGCACUAAUUAAUAAAUGUUGUCAUCCAUUUAAAGCUGGGCUUCAGUUACGGAUCAGUUCAAAAUGGUAUAAAAUAUCAAACCCUCUUCCUUGUCAAAGUAAUAAUGAUAUCUAUGGACUGCUUAUAAUGUUUUAAUACAAUUUUUUAUUGUUAUUUGCUAAGCGACCAUGUUACCAAAUAUGUUACAGGAUUACAGAUAUUUUAAAAACCUUAUAGUUUUUCACAAAAAUUGUAACAAUUUGCUGAAUGUUAUAAAUGAAUGCAUGCUCUUUUUGUAGGCAUAAAAGGUAAUAUUUAAUACUGUAAAAAUAAUUUUUACAGUAUUAAUAUUUUUUGUACCUAAAAAAUAUGUUAAAUUCAAGAACUGCUAUGCAACUAACUAAAAACAAUGAAUGGGUAUGUGUAACUAACUAGAAAUUGCAAGUAGAUACUUUAAUGAUUACCUAAUAUUUCUUUUGUGAAUAUUUUAUAAUUAAUCUUCAUUGGUAUUAAAUUAGAAAAAGGAAACUUAGAGCUGAGAAAUUAAGUUUGUUGAAUAUUAUUUUACAGGAUUACUUCAUCAGCUUUUAAAGAGUUAAAAAAAACUUUUUUUUGUUAUUUUAAUGAAAUAUCUUCUGCUAGUUCUAAGCUGUGCUAAGUUUUUCAAAAAAUAUUUACGAAAUCUUAAUUUUGUAAAAUUCUGUUAUUUGCACUUAAUAGUUUUUUUUUUUCAAAAAAUUUCUUACAAAAUUUUUUUCUUUUAUUUCAUUUCUGAAAUUUCACUUUUAAAUUUAACCCCAAUUUAAUGAUAACUUUCCCUUAUUGUGUUAUUGUUUCCUAUUUUAUGUGCCAUUCUCUGACAUGUUUCCGAGUUUCAUGUAUGAAACUAAUAAAAGUUCUUAAAAUAAUUAAGUCAUAAUAGCUUUGUAAUAUUACAAAGCAUUCAUAAGAUCAGGGUAAUGCAUGAUGAUUUCUGAUAAAUAUUAGUGUCAAAUUGUACUAAGUAUACGAUGUUUUGUUAUUAGUUGUAUAGCCUUGUAAUUUUGAUGUUGCAUAACAUCAUCUCUGAUUUAUUGUAUAAAGAUUUUCCUUGUAUAUUAAUAGUGUAUGACAUGUUCAUAUAAAAUAUACUGGAAUUAUAAGAUUUGAGAAAGCAAAUACCAAUUUCAAAAAUACUUUUCUGCAUGAGGGGCAGUGUUAAUUUUAAAAAAAAAAAUCUUUCUACUUUUAGAUCAGUGUAAUUUUAUUCUAUGAAACCAUCUUUAGUUCUCUGAGUUCAUUGUUUCAAUAAGAGGGUCAGCAGAAAAUGGGUUUUUAUUUUUGUUAGUAUAUGUCUCUCCAUCUGUAUAAGUAUAGUUAAAUGUUAUAAAAUUUGACUGAAUUCUUAAAAUAUCUGUUUUGCUUUCUAAAGAUCCAGUAAAAUAAAGUAUAUAUAACUGUA